CUGUUUCGGAAAAGCCUUGAGGUUGGCGCGAGCCUCACCACCCGCGGUGGCGGCGCGGAGAAGGUCGAGACCAAGGCUAGAUAUGUCCGAGAGGCGAACGCGGUCCGGCGGGGCCGCCCAGGGCUCCGGGCCGAGGGCCUCACUUGCUACUCAGUCUCUGCGGAGGUCCCAGCGGAAAUCAGGCUCCGAUCUUCCCAAUACCCUCCCUGAAAUCUGGCCGAAGGCACCUCAUGCGACUCCAGCCAGAAAGCCCAUCGUCUUGAAGAAGAUCGUGGCCCAUACUGUAGAGUUACUGUUGUCUCCACAGAUCCCAUCUGUCUACUCACCUCGAAGGAGCCCUAGGAUUGCUUUUUUCUUGGAGAAAGAAAACCACCCUCCUACCAAGAAGCCUACUGGGGAGGACAUCUUCAAGACAUGUAGUGUCCCUGCCACCCCCGCCCCCACUCCUGUGCUGUACAGCCCAAAUGUUGAGUCAAACUCCAGGGAAGGAGACCUGGACACCAGAGACUUGGAAAUGUCUAAGAAAGUCAGGCGAUCCUACAGCCGCCUGGACACCCUUCACUGUGCCUCCACCUCCACCCCAGGCCGCCCAUCCUACUUUGGCUUCAAGGGGCUGCCAGGGAAAGAAGACUUGGCCGGAGUCUCGCCUCUGGUGUGUUCAAAGUUAAUCGAGGUCCCCAGGGUCCCUGUGGACCCCUGGGUCCCGGACACGACUCUCCCCGGAAUCUCCCCACCAGUGAAAGAGAAAAGGAAGAAGAAGAAGGUGCCGGAGAUCCUGAAAUCGGAGCUGGAUGAGUGGGCCGCGGCCAUGAAUGCUGAGUUUGAAGCUGCUGAGCAGUUUGAUCUCCUGGUUGAAUGAGAUGAAACUGGGGUGCACCUAGCCAGACUCUCCUCUUCCCCCUGUACAUAGCCUCUUUUUCCUGUAGAAAAGACACUUGGGGUCCCCUUCCUUGGCCUUGUUACCUGUGCAUGUGCUGUUGCGACACAUGAGGUCUGUCUCCUGAGUGUUUGCACAGUGGCAGCACCCAUGGCAGCUGUAGGAAAUAGGGCUCACAUGGCCAGGUGUCCUGGCUCUAGUCAGUGACCCACCCUCGUCCCCUCCCUACCUCCUGUAGUGUUCUGGCCACUUUCCAGUUGGUACACAAACUAGGGAGGGAGAAUCACUGGCCCUGCCAGAGGAGGUUACAGGGCUGGGGAUUGUGGGUGAGAGCAUCUCUGCCGUCUGGGGAAUGUGGCUGCUCUGUGCCAGCCCCAACAGAAACAGGCACCACCAGCCAGAGCAGCCUCAGGCUCCCUCUGUUGAGUUGCCUUCUGUUGGUGGCUUGGGUUUUGUCUUAGAUUUUGUAGAUGGUUCAAGAGAGAAUUCGUGGAUUGGGACAGUUCUAUCUCAGGAAGAAACUGGACACUCGGCCAGUAGAGUCAGGUUUAGAAGGAGAGUGGAAAGCCUCAGUUGGUCUCAGACCAUAGGUGUUGUAUUUUAUAGUUCUGUGUUCUGCUGUUGAGGUAUUUGGUUAAACACCAGGCUGAUGGAGUGCUGGCUGCAUGGGGCAAAGGGUACAUCUGAACUAGACACCUGCAGAGGGCUGAGAAGGGGCCUAUGGCAGGAGGUGACCCAUUUUGUCAUGCACACCUGUUUCUUACAAACUAAAGUGCACAGAGUCUGCCCAGUUCUGGAACAAAAAAUGUAUAGGUUGAACAGUCCUAGUCCCAGCAGCAUUUUGCAGCUACACUCGGAAAGUUCUAGGAGGCUUUUCUCACUUUACAGAAGGGGCAGGGGUUGAUAGCAGUUUUAACCUAUAGCUUCCUUAGUGCCCUCUCACAUGAGGGCACUGCCUGAGGCAGGUGCCAGGAGUUGAGCUAGGGGGCAGGGAGGGAUCACAUUGUCUUCAGGGAACCUCACUCCUCACCCCCCAUUUCUCUUUUCUCAAUGCUGGUAAAAGGUGUGCUUUCAUAGGCUCCCCAACCACAAUUUGCACCAUCCCCCAUGUUGUUGAACCUUUGCACAUUUACAGGUUUGUGGAAGUAGAGGGUAAGAGGACAGUGGAGGGUCUUAAGGAUAGCAGUGUCAGAAGAUGAGUGUUUGGUUAGGUUACCUGAAACUGCGCUGAUUAAGCUCUUUAUAAUGCCUGGGGGCCCCAGAUUACCUGUUCAACGCUUUGUGCUUUGUCAGACCCUGCAAGCAAGCCCCCUUGUCAGGGUGGGCCAGAUGCCCUUGAGCUGGGCCACACCCGAAGAAUUCUUGUCCUCACUGGCUUGGAUGGGCAGGACUCCUGGGAAUUGUCUUAGUCCUGCAGAAUCAGGAGUAGCCAGAUGAUGUUGAAUUGAUGUCAUUGCUUCAAACCUUUCUGGUCCUGAAAAACUAAGAAUGUGGAGUUCAAGGGAAAAUUGGGGUUUCUUUUUUUUUUUUUAAUAAACCUGGUUGAAGAGUUUC